AUGCCCAAAUCCAAGAAUUAUAACCCCGAAUUUGACACGAUAAUACUUCAAGAAAUUGUAGUGCCCUCUCCAUAUUCUUCAAAUGACAGAAAUGUUGACAAUACCUUGAAAAUAUUCAACCAAUCGAAUGAGAUCGCCAGGAUAGCAAAGCCAAAAAUAUCGCCAAACUGCUUUAAUUUAUACAAACAUGCUUUUGCCCGAGCCCUAGCUGAAAAAAAUAUUCAUCGUCCUGCAAAAGUAAUUGCGAAAAUGGCAUCAAAAAAAUGGGAAACUGAAUCUCAUGCGCUCAAACGAGAUUAUGAACAAAAGGCUAACGAAAUCAGCAGAAACAUGCCAAAAUAUGCGGACGCAUCAUCUUCAUUAAAAAAGGAAUCUAAAAAGGAGCUAAAAUGGCGCAAUUAUGAUUACGCUGAUAUCGCACGUUUAUCCUCCAAGAAAAGCUCAUCCUCUAAUCAAAAUUGUGAGUUAAUAAAUACAAGUAACGAUAACACAGAACAAAGCUCUUCUACACAACAAAGUUUCUCGAAAUCUUUUCUAUUAACGGAUAAAAUUCCUUCAAUAAAUAUACGGCAAGAACCUGUUCUAUCAACAUUUAAGUCAGCAGAAACUGAUCUCGUAUAUUUCGAUGAAGGACUCUUAAUGCAAGAAUCAGCAGAAACUGAUCUCAUACAUUUCGAUGAAGAACUCUUAACGCAAGAAUCAGCAGAAACUGAUCUCAUACAUUUCGAUAUCUCGAGUAAUUCAUUUUAUUACAUCAAUGCAAAACUCUUCAGAAUAUUAAAAUAUGGAUACGGUUAUAACUUUAUGCUAAAUUAUUUACCUAAUUAG